GCGCCGCCGUCGCCGACUCGCUCGCUCUGUAAGAAAGAGAACGACAAUACAUCUUUUCAUCACCUGCAUUUUGCCAAUAAUUUUGUUUCAUUCAGCUGAUUCAGUCAACUUCCGACCUCGAACUGUAGUGGUUGGCGAGACUUUGCAGUGCAUUGAAUACAUUAAGAAAUAUAUAAUAUUAAAACAAAGUUAAUAUAAUAUCGAUAUGGCUGGUACGGAAAUAAUAUCUAAUAGUGAGAGUAAUGAUCAAUUUUUUGAGGGUGUUGAAAAAUUGAUAGAAAUUUGGUUUACGCCGGUGAAACACGCGGAUCUAAGGAAAAUCAGUCGUCAACAAUGGGAGAAUGUCCUGAAGAUAGUCCGCUGUGAGAUCAUAUCUUUCACGCAGAGCGAGCAAGUCGACGCCUAUGUCUUAAGCGAGAGCAGCAUGUUCGUGUCUCGCAGACGCUGGAUACUGAAGACCUGCGGUAAGACGACCCCCCUGCGAUGUGUGCGAUCUGUUCUCCAGCUUGCGAUGGAAACGGCUGGUUAUUCGAGGGUGGAGAACGUGUUCUACUCCAGGCGGGAGUUCGCCCGACCAGCCGAACAGCUCAAGCCGCAUGACAACUUCGAUUCAGAGGUGGAGCUACUGGAUUCAUUCUUCGGGGACGGUCGCGCGUACAUCAUGGGCCCCGAGGGAGAUUGCUGGUAUCUGUACACACUGCUGCCGCUAGAAGGUACGGUGGCAGCCCUGGAAAAGGAGCAGCAUCACCAGUCGUCGGAGCCGGACCAGACCAUAGAGAUCCUCAUGUCGGACCUCGACCCCGCGGUCAUGGACAUCUUCACUAGAGCCACUUCCGCCACCGCCGCUGAUGCAACCAGGGCUUCUGGUAUAGACAAGUUGAUCCCCGGUAUGGUGAUUGAUGACUACCUGUUUGAUCCGUGUGGCUACUCCAUGAACGGGGUCGCUAAAGAUGGCUGCUACAUGACGAUCCACAUAACUCCUGAGCCGUCUUGCUCGUACGUGUCCUUCGAGUCUAACGUGUGUCUGCCGCCGGACGCCCUGCUGGCUCGAGUCCUGGCAGCCUUCAGACCAAACAAGUUCGUGGUCACCGUGUUCGCUACGCCGGACUCCCCGGCGGCGGCGGCCACUCGCCAGCUGAAGCAGUUCCCGUCAGUGGGCGGGUUCCAGCAGAAGGAGGCCCAGCACUGUCGGUUCUCAGGCUACGAGCUGCAAUACGCACUGUUCUCUAAGUUCCCGAGCUGAGAGCCAGCCCGCCGCCCCCCGCCCGCCCCGCAGGCCCGCCCACGCCCGCCAACGCGCGACGCCAGCGCGGCUGCGGCGCGAGCCCGCCCGCCCACGCCGCCCACGCCGGCGCUGCUGCGUCGCCUGGCCGCGGCGCUGCUCUGCCGCUGCCGCUCGUCCGGCGCGUGACGUCACACCCGCCGUUCUUUUCCCGUUAUGUAUUAUUGUUUGUGAAGCACGGCCCGGCGCAGCUGGGGCCGGCGCCCGGUGACGCGACCCGAUGUGAUGUACAAAUGUAGAUGAUAAAUAGUUUAAUAGGUUGAUAGGUCGCUCGAUGUCAACAUUACCGUUACUAUACGGAGUCUAAAUUAUAUCUAAGCGUAGUGGAUAGUGUAAAGUCAAUUCGUUGAACGCAUAGUUACUACAGUAGGGUGCGGGGAGGCGGGCGGGGAGAGGGGGUGGACAGAUUAUAAAAGAUUUUAAUAUUGAAUUAAAAGAUUUCUUCUCAUUUUA